AUGAAGGAAGCCCCUACCUUUUACAAAGUCCUUAAGUCUAUAGCAAUGCACCCCACAAUUUCUGGGAACCAGAGGAAGAAACAAUUGUUGAAGCCCAUAGUUGGUUGUGCUGGUGCGGUACUGCUCAAGGGACGCAAUUCAAGGUUAUCUGCUGUGCAACAUCUUGUUGGCCUUUCACUACAACAACAACAACAAAUUUUAUUGAAAAUUGGAAAAUAACUAAUUACAUUACUUUCCCACCCGCAAAUAGCUUAUGAACUAAUCGAGGCGGGGGGAGCUGAAGACAUAUUACAAAACAAGAAUUAUAUAUAGAUGGACUAAAUAACAGUGAAGACACUACAAUACAGUAAAUAGAGUUUAAACUAACAUAAAACAAAAAACAAAAAACAAGGCAUGUACAUAACGAUUACGAAGAGAGGUUAACUAAAGUAUUAAAUAACGUUGAAACUUUAGAUUUGAGAUCGUUAUUUUCUCUCUUUAGGUUGGCAAUAGACUCAGGCAUAAUGUGACACACGACACAAGAUAACAAAACAAAUAGAAACUGUUUCACUGUUUCUUGGGCAGACACGAAAAAAGGUGAGUUAUUGUAUUUCAUAUUACAUGCACUGGUAGUUCCAGACCUUGAGCUAAGGUGGCUGGUCCUUUGGCAAAAAAGACCUGACCUCACCAACAAGACCACACAACUUUCUGAAUGGCUCUUUUCCAUCCUUUUUCUUACCCCUAAAGAGACCAGACAAGUGAUUUGUAGCUAAAGAGUAAUGUUCUACAUAAAUAAUAUUAUCUUACUUAUCUACCAUGCAAGCAGCAAAAAUUAUAUGCUCUUGUUAUUGUGUAAAUAUUUUAUAAUGACUGUAUAAUCAUAAGAUAUUAAACAAUUCCAAGAACACUAUUAGGCAUUAAAAUGUAUAUAAUUUUGUCAAUAAAAGAAAUGCGGAAACAGUAUACAACUGCAACAUAGUAUUUAGCACUUCCUGAUAGGGGUUUAACUAUGACUGUCCAUAUUUCUUCAGAAAGGAUAUAUUAAAGGAGCAUGAUUCAAAAGAAACUGGCAGUUAACUCAGUUAGUGGGUAGCAAAACAUCACAGAGACAACAUUACAAUGGAGGUAACAUUGGGCAAGCUUUAUGAUACUUGCUUCCAGUAUACAGUGUAUUGUAUAUAACGUCAUGUUUUAACCACCUGAGAGCUGACAUUAAGCACAUGCAAUGCAAUUAAUUUCUGCAGAUAUAGGAAACUGUACCUUUCCUACUACAGAAGACUAACAUCUGUCAUGUCACUCAUGAGAGAACGUUUCCUCUCUACAGCGAGUUAGUAAUAACAGACAUUUUUGACAUCAGUUUACAGCUAAAAACAUUAUUUACCUCAAUUUAAUGCAAUAAUUAUUAUUGCAUUAAGCAGAUUUCAAGAAUAAAAAGGAAACAAAUAAAGCUUAAAGUUUCUUACCAGUGUAUAACAGUGUGAACUUCGUCACAGACAACGGCAACAACAUUCUGCCUGUAAUGCUGCUGUUAAAACAUUUCCCGGAACUUUAUGUCCCCAACAAAUGACUCUGGACUUCCAUAUAAAAACUGACUUUUAAUCUUCCCUCAAAAAUAUCAUUAUCUUGUUUAGCACUUUCUCCAAUGAAGGCAGCUUCAAAGCCGUCGGUGUGACCUCAAGUAUGAAACCUGGUCUUUCACGACUGAGCUUAAAGGGGAAACCACAGUUACCACUGGCAAGAAGGCAUGUCAAAUUCCCAGUAAAAUAAAGCUUUACAAACGCUAAGCAAGAUCUGAAAAGUCAGGCUUUUACCGAAUCCGGUGGGCAAAGCUGCAAACACAUCCCCUUUAAGGACAACAUUCUCAAUUAUUAAAAUCUGCUCAGGCUUCAGUUCCUCAACGUCUGAAAAAGACUUAAGACCUUCGGAGAUAGCUUCUCUAAUAUCUUUCCUUGUUGGAAUAAUGGCAGCCAAGAUUCUCCAUAAAUCACACGUGCGUAGCGUCUUCAUAUGCACGUAUACUUCACCUGUGGGAAUGCAUGCGGGCGUGCAAACUUGUCUGGCUCGUUCACCAAAGAAAUGCACGCAAUCAGGAAACUUUCAGUUACAGAACAUCCCCGUCCAUUUGAAAAUACUGUCUUCCCGAAAACUAUCACAUGGAAACGCAUGUGAGGGUAUUUUAAAGCUUUAGCGUUCAAGACAUAUUAAAUUCAGGCUUAUAUCGAUCAUGCCUUCCAUUUACAUUAUUUACGAUACAUUGUGAUCGGUCAGAAGCAGAAUUUUCUUGGUGCAAACGGGAAUAGUCAUCUGAAACGUUUUUACAAGUCAUCAACAGUUCCUUCGUUUCCGUUUAGGAAAGCAGAAAGUGAAAGUUUCCCUUGCGAAUAUGCACGCACAACCUUGGUGAACAAACCAGACAAGUAUGGCAAGACAAUAACCGUCGUGUACGAACACACGAAAAUAACUCAAGAGAUGCUGUUCGCUGAUUGGGCACAAUAAUACAAAGGUUUUUUUGUGCCCAAUCAUCCAUUUGAAUUUUUGGAAAUGGUUUGGUGAGAGUCGGUACCCAAGGGCUCUUUCGCCUGUACUUGAAGACUAUCGUUGCAGCUUUUCUCUUGACCUGACUUACUGCCCCUGGGUCUGCGAGGAUGGGAUGAUAGGUGUUGUGAAAGAUACGUACCAGGGCGUAGCUAAGAUUUUCCAGUGCCAGCGGGUGUUGUUAACUCACAUAUGUAUUAUGUUUCAUUGCUGUACCUCAUGGUGCUCAGUAGCCACAUAUUGCUGUAAUCAAGUUGUUGUUGCAAUUAAACCAUUACAGUUUGCUAUUCACGGGUCAUCUUGUCCUCAUUACUGGCAUGAUGGAAGUGGUCACUAGUAUCCUUGCGUCAAAAGAAGGGAAAGCCAGCUUAUUGACGCCAAUCUCUCCUGCCUGGUUAAACAACACCUUAACCACAGACAUUCCAACCACAAAUCAAACUUCUUAAACUUGGGUAAGUGAUAGCUAAUGAAUUGAAGUUCACCACUUGGUUGGCAGAGUAAACAAUGUUUUGGCAUUUCGGCAGGUGAUAUUUAUGUUAAAUUAAUGUUGAGAAAGGGAUUUACAACUUAUCAAAAAUGGGUUUAAAUGUCCUGCUAUAACCAAACGUAAUUGGUUUUAUUACUGUAGUCUAAUUAACAACUACAGCCCAUGCUGAUAGGUAACAGCUUUCCUGUGUUGGUCUGCAGGUUUAAAGAUUUAAGGCCAGAAAACCUCUCCUCGAGUGAUGGCCCAAAAUGUUUACAACCAAAGAAAACUUAUGGUGAUGGAAAUUGUCUAUAUAGGGCCACGUCAAGGACUAUAUGUGGUAAUGAGGACAGACACGUGAAACUGGGAAUGAGGACAUGUAUAGAACUUUGCAUGACCAAGGACAAGCAUUUAAACGACUGCUAUCUGAAAGAGUUAACUUAACUGGUUUGGAUGACUAUGUGGAGAACUUACCAGGGAGUAGCUUUGACGUAUCAUCCAGUACCAAGCGAAAACCGAAUGCUAAAUGACCUUAAUGGUUGGAAAGCAAACCAUUUUGUUCCAUUGACACCAGAACCACUAUUUUUAGCAGUGGGAGCAGCUCCUCCCCUUAUUGUAGUACCCAAAGCAUCAAAGAAAAGAGCUUAAAGUCCACCCUCUGUACCACCUCCUACUUUCAAGAAAUCCAAGUAAAGACACUUCUCCAACAUCUGGACCCAGCAGUGGCCAUGCACUGCCGCAGAACCUGGAAUGCCAACCAACCAAGUUUUGUUGUACAGCAUGCAACCAGGCCUUAUCUUGUGUAAAACAAGGGAUCAAGUAUGUAAGGGACCACUCGGAGACGAAGGCACACCAAAAUCACGCAAAAAAGCUACAAAAACAACCCACUCUGAUCUAGACCUGUGCUUCUACCCAAAAUGACAUUGAUAAGAUAUUGCUCUACCUACAUAUGUAGAUGUAGUUUUUCAUUCACGAUUUAUGCAUGUUUGUUGUCCUGUCUUGACCACUUGCACUUCACGCGGCUCCUCCGCACAUUACGACCCUUCUCCGUUUCUUGUUUUACAUCUGCACUCAUCACAAUAUUAUGUUGCCUGCCAUCCAUAUUGACAGUGUUGAUAAUCAUUGGGCUCACGUUCUCUCUCUUUAGUAGUAGUUUAUUUGUGAACUUUUUGAUGCGCGAACAAACGAUCACCUUUUUUACAAAAGCGCAUUUUUGGUUUUUUUUUUUUCAAAAUCAUGCUUGAAAGUUGGGGGUGCGGCUUAUACACGAGUUUUUACGGUAAUUAGUUCUUUAAGUAUUGUAUUUCAGUUGUAAGGUUUCUGAAUAUCUUUUUCUCUCUUUUGAUUUAACAGUAUUGUAAUUAUUUAAGUUAAAACCAUCUUUUAUUCAUGUAAAUUAUUCAAGUUUUUUUGCUGACCUUAGGCCAUUUAAGCCCCCGGGUGUUCUCAAGUAUUUUUCCAAGUGUGUGAUAUGUAAUAAAGUUAAGUUUAAAGUUCUCGUUUUCAGGUUGACAAGUUCCUGGCCACCUGUCUCAUGGCUUCCCGCUCUCCAGUGACUGUAAAACCUCUCCCCUUGGCCAGCUUCAAGUGAAAGCGCAUCACUACUUUGUAGGAGGACUUGCAGACUCCUCUCAUUGUACAAACAGCAGUGCCCAGCGCCUGUUUCUCCAUUCUUGCCAGGAAGUUUCCUGGGUCCCCUUGCCAGCUUCUGAACAAACCAUCAUGGCAUCGUCAACAAGGCUACUACGCCCUUGUUUCAACUUUUCAACUAAUGCCCCAUCAGAAAAAUAUCCCUUGUCUCCUUCAUCUCUCACUUGCAAUGCUUGGUCGGUAUAAAUCCCCCCUACUAAAGUGGUCAUAGUUUUCGAAUCGAGCAACAUCCACCUCCCUCGCUGGCUUUAACGAAUAUGAAGUCACACUCCUAGGCCGAUGGAACAGUGGCUGUGUCAAUGCUACACUCAUUAACUUUCCUUUUGGGCUAGACUUGGCACCUGUAUUUUCCCAAAAAUAAAUGGAAGCCGGAUACAGCCCAAACAUGAUCUUGAUUGUGUGAUUAUUGUGUAAGAGAUAAAUUAAAUAAUAUGUAAAGGGAACCUCCACUCUUUAAGAACAUAUCGCCCAAAAUGCUCUUUAAGUCUCCAAAAGUAGAUUUUUGCAAAGAAAAGCGUUCUUGUCUUACAUUUUUCUUUUUUGCCUCUCAAAAGGAGCCUUUAAGACCAGUUUUAACUUCCUGUAAUCGCCAUUUUCAUCGGCACGCAAGGUUCUCUGGGGUGAUGAGGUAAGAUGGUUGCUCGAUUCCCAUGUUCUCGGUAAAUUCGCCUCAAAAUGCAGCAUUGCACUGAUUUGAUUUUGAGUGUAGCAUCUACGCUAAAAAUAGGAAAAAGGAUCCCAAAAUUUGUCUUCACAAGUUUCUGGAUAAUGCGGCAAUACGACGAGCUUGGAUUCAAGCUGUUGGAAGGAUGUCUUUGCCCAAAGAUCCACAUCUGUGUUUGAAGCACUUCGAAGAGAAUUGCUUUGAAGAGUGUUACCUCAUGAAAGUAAGAUCAAUGGCGUUAAGUAAUUUGACUAAAUCACUUAAGCCUGGCGCCAUUCCAACCCUUUUUUCUCUCAAACCUCCAAAACGUGGAUGUGAAUCAACUGCUCAACGUGUGGAGAAGAGGGAAUGAGAGAGAGAGAGUGACUCCAGGCAAGUUACGCAAUUCAAAUACAAAUACAAAUACAAAUCGCCUCUGGUUGAGCACACACGACUUUACCAAAAUUCUUCCUUUACAACUUUCGUAAAACUUCCAUUUAUCUUAAAUGUCCGUUAUGUAAUUUUAGUUGUUUACAAGCCUCCAUUUGAACAAGAUGAAUAGUUGGAUCUGCAUAUCUUAACAUUGCUUACAUCUUCACCAAAGAAAUGUGAAUUUGUAAAUAUUGCCCUUCAAUAGGGCACAGUUAGUCCAUCUAUAUAGUAUAUAGAUCUGUACACAUGUACAUGUAAUUUUAGACCAGCAUCUCUUCUAGAUUCGUGAAAUAAAUUUAUUUCUCACUUUUUAGACUCUCAAUACCGUUUUGCAAGAAGACCCAAGCUCUUCAGGGGCUCAUGCUGAUGAAAGCAUACUAGAGGUUGCAGAAGAAAUUGAAGAAAAUCUCCCCCGCCUCCAACCAUAUGGGAGAUGGGAACUCUGA